AUGUGUGUGUCACAGCGUCGGUGGACCGGCUGUCGGGGGCCGUGCCCCCCCUCCCUCCCCCCGGUCCUCCUCCUCCUCCUCCUCCCUCUGUGCUUCCUCUCCUCCUCCUCUCCUCCCCUCGCUGAGGGAGCCAUCGACAUCCCCAAAGACUACAAAGUGCAUAACAUGUCGCAGCCUCCGAUCCUGACAGAGAUGCCGAGGUCGUACACGGCCUUCUCUCAGGAGGACAUCUAUCUGCCCUGUGAGGCCUCCGGUAACCCGGCACCCACUUUCCGCUGGGUGAAGGACGGCGAGGCGUUCGGCUCGGAGAGCAAAGAGUCCGGAACGCUGAAGGCUGAAGACGAGGAGACGCUGGACUCCUAUGAGGGCGACUACCGCUGCUACGCCUCCAACGCCCUGGGGACCGCCAUGACCCCCAGGGUCCAGGUCAUCGUGGAGGCUCAACCAGUUCUCCUGAAGCAGCAGAAGGUCUCCAAGAGAGCUCGCGAGGGAGAGAGCAUCAUCUUGUCCUGCAACCCCCCACAGAGCUCCACCCCACCGCACAUCCACUGGAUGGACAAGAAGAUGGUGCACAUCCAGCAGAGUGACCGGGUGAUGGUCGGCCUGGACGGGAACCUGUUCUUCUCCAACCUGCUGAAGAGCGACAGCAGAGACGACUACAUCUGCAACGCCCAGUACGCCGAGGCCAGGACGGUGCUGCCCAACAGGGCGGUGACCCUCACGGUGACGCCCAGUAACGAUGUCAUCCAUGCCAGGAAGCCCCAUCUUUUCCGUCCCAGUGGCUCCCACACCUCUGUGUUGGCCCUCAGGCAGCAGAGCGUUACCCUAGAAUGUAUCCCCAAAGGCCUGCCGACCCCGCAGGUGGAGUGGAGGAAGAAGGACGGCCGCCUGGAGGAGACCAGCGGCCGCUCUGAGUCUCACGGCCGCUGGCUGACCUUUGACCUCAUCGACCAGAAUGAUGACGGAGAGUACGAGUGUAGAGCCUUCAACAUCCACGGCUCCACCUCACACUCCUUCACACUCACCGUGGAGGCCUCCCCCUUCUGGGUGAAGCAGCCCAGGAGCCUGCUGUACUCUCCGGGGGAAACGGUGCGUCUGGACUGCCAGGCGGACGGCGUCCCCACGCCGCUGCUCACCUGGAGCAUCAACGGGCAGCCGGUCUCAGAGGUGGAUGAGGACCCUCGCCGCAGCGUGGCGGGCGGCGUGCUGAUCCUGGAGGACGUGGAGUUCUCGGACACCGCCGUGUUUCAGUGUGAGGCCGCCAACAAGCACGGAGCCGUCCUCCUCAACGCCUACCUCUACGUCAUCGAGCUGUCGCCUCAGAUUCUGUCGUCUGACGGAGUCGUUUACAAAACCACUGAAGGAGGAACGGUGACGAUGCAUUGUGAGUCCUUUGGGUCACCACGCCCACACGUCACAUGGGACGGCGAGGCCCGGGCCCCUCUGCUGUCGGACCCCCGCGUCGCCCUGCUCACCAACGGCUCCAUCACGCUGUCCGGCGCCGGCCACGAAGACACUGGAGAAUACAGCUGCUCCAUCAAGCACUCCAACAUCUCCAUCACGGCUCACCUGGAGGUCUUCAACCGCACCGUGAUGCUUUCAGGGCCGCAGGAGGUUCGUGCGCUCAGAGGAAGUGACGCUCUGCUGGACUGCAGCUUCUACAAAGACCCCCAGCUGCUGGAGUCCCAGGUGGUCUGGAGGAGAGACGGACACAAGCUGCACGAGUCGUCUCCAGAUGACAAGUACACGUUCCUUGAGAAUGGCACCUUGAAAGUUUCCGACAUCCAAUCAGACGACAGCGCGUCUUAUUCCUGUGAAGUCUUCACCGACCUGGACCACGUGAAGGCCAGCGGCUCCAUCACUGUCGUAGCUCGACCGGACCCUCCCAAAGACGUGUCUCUGUCUGAUGUAGAAGAUCGCAGCAUCACUCUGAGCUGGAUCCCAGGACACUCACACAACAGCCCCACCACAGAGUUCAUCGUGGAGGUCAUGGAGCUGCAGCACGGGCCUCCGGCCUGGGCGAUGCUGAGGAGCGUCCCCGGGGACUUCAACCACGUGCAGCUGCCUCUCGACCCCUACUGCACCUUCCGCUUCAGGGUCCUCGCCGCCAGCGAGGUCGGCCUCAGCGACCCCAGCCGACCUUCGGAGGAGCACCGCACGCCGCCGGCCGUCCCGGCCAUGAACCCCGGCGGCGUGCGCAGUGACUCCUCCCACCCGAAGACGCUGGUCAUCACGUGGGAGGAGAUGGCCCAGCGCGCGCACGGCGGCGAAGGCUUCCAGUACAAAGUGUUCUGGCGGAAGGCCGGCGGGCCGGACGCACGCUGGAACCACUCCCACGUGGCCACGCCCCCCUUCCUGGUCACGGAGGCGGGCUCGUACGCGCCCUUCGAGAUCAAGGUCCAGGCCGUCAACUCGCUCGGAGAAGCCCCGCCCCCGGAGCCCGAGAUCGGACACUCGGGAGAGGAAGAGCCAGAGGACCCCCCCACGGGGGUCUCCACCAGGGUGAUGAACAGCACCGUCAGAGUCCAGUGGAACGAGGCCCAGAACGUCCGGGGGGUUCUGCUGGGAUACAAGAUCUACGUCAGGAGGCUCGGGCCACGUGGGGGUCGGGUCCGGAGGUCUCUGGUGAAACUGCACCGGGAGAAGGUGAAGGAGAAGGAGGAGAAGGAGAAGGUGAAGGAGGAGAAGGAGAAGGACCGGGAGAGCAGCAUGGUGCUGGUGGUCAACGGCACCAAGACCUCCGAGGAAGUGGGCGGGCUGCAGCUGUACUCUCGCUACGAGCUGUCCGUCACCGCCUUCAACAGCAAAGGGGAAAGCCCCCACUCCCCCCCACACAACUUCAGCACCCCCGAGGGAGCGCCUGGUCCCCCUGCAUCGUUGAGGUUUGAGAGUCCCUCUGAGAAGUCCCUGGUCCUCUACUGGACCCGGCCAGAAGAGAGCAACGGCAUCCUGUUGGGCUACACUGUGCAGUACCAACAGGAGGUGCAGAACAAAGACAGCCCAUUGCAGAUGGAGACCAUCAGCGACCCCGCGGUGACUCACAUGGAGCUGGACCCUCUGGACCCCAGCAGCCAUUACGUCUUCAAGGUGAUUGCUCACACCGCCGCCGGUGACGGCCCGCCCAUCGAACUCAGGGGCGCCACCCUGCUGGAAGGAGUUCCUCCGUCACACGUCAGCAUCGUGUCCAGCAACACGUCACUCAACCUCAGCUGGGUGCCCGGAGAGAGGGACAGGAACCACGGCUUUGUCAUCAGUUACCGCAGGAAGAGAGGAGGAGGGAGGGAGGGAGGAGGAGGAGCCGGGAGCGAUUGGAUGGACUCGGAGGUGUUGAACUCCACGCUGGGCUUCUAUUCGCUGAGAGGCCUCCAGCCCGGAUCUCUGUACCACCUCCUGGUGAAACACGGGAACACCACUCAGUGGGAGAACGUGACGUGGACCAUCGGGCCAGAACCGUCUGAGAUGUCCGGCGGGUUCGCCGCUCAGGGCUGGCUCAUCGGACUCAUCAGCGCCAUCUUGCUGCUGGUGCUGAUACUGCUCAUCCUCUGCCUCAUCAAGCGCAGCAAAGGGGGCAAAUACGCAGUGAAGGACAAAGAAGACAAGGAGGUGGACUCUGAGGCUCGGCCCAUGAAGGACGAGAACUUUGGAGAGUACAGAUCUCUGGAGAGUGACGGUGAGGAGAAGCGCUCCGGCAGCCAGCCGUCACUCAACGGGGAGAGCAAGCUGGGCAGCGACGACUCGCUGGCCGAGUACGGAGACAGCGUGGACAUCCAGUUCAACGAGGACGGCUCCUUCAUUGGCCAGUACAGCGGCCGGGGACCCGCCCCCCACUCCGGCCCCGCCUCCCCCGCCAACGCGCUGCCGCCGCCCCCACAGCUCCAUCCAUGA